AUGGAUCGGAUGGGGGAUGCACAGCUGCGUUGGGAGGAGAGGCUGGCGAGGUUCAACCCUUCGGUUGAUAUUAACUUUGAUACAAGUGGCGAGCCUCCUUCACCUAGUCCUACUACCGAGGCCACUUCAGAGCCAGAGCCGGCUACCACAGAUGCCCCUUCAACCGAGGCCUGA